AUGAUAUUUGACUGGAGCGGGACGAGAGGUGACCUCACCCCACUCCAGAUAGACGGGGUCUGCGUGGAGAAGGUGUCCUCCUUCAAGUUUCUGGGGAUGCAGGUCAGUAAGGACCUAACCUGGCACACCAACACAGUUGCGGUGGUCGGAAAAGCUCAGCAGAGGCUAUUUUUUCUAAGACUGCUGAGGAAAUGCCAGGUGGGGACAAAGCUGCUGCAGACCUUUUACCACUUUGCUGUUGAAAGUGUACUGGUGUAUGGCAUUACGGCGCUGCAGUCUCUGUCGCUGACUGAAUCGCGUCUCCGCUCUCGGGGCACGGUGUUGGUGAACACCCUGGGCAGCAACACCUGCCUCAGGAAAGUGGACCUGAGUGGGAACAGCAUGGAGGACAUUGGUGCUAAGAUGCUGAGCAAGGCUCUUCAGAUCAACACCACACUCAGGAGCGUGACAUGGGAUCGAAACAAUACCUCAGCGACUGGCUUUUUGGAUGUAGCGCGGGCACUCGAGCAUAAUUUCACCUUGCAGUACAUGCCCCUCCCUCUCAGUGACAUCAGCCAGGCAUACCGGAGUGCCCCAGAGAAAACGGAGCAGGCUCUAACCAAGAUCCAGCGAGCUCUGCUGAGAAACAACCAAACCCAACAAUUCUCCCAGAGACAGGCCCUCCGCCUGCACCAGGGCCUGGUCACCAGCACCGCUGAGCAGGUGAUGGAGCGUCUGUGCGUGCGUGUCGAGCAGCAGGUGUGUGUGUUACGAGGUGUUGGCGACAUGGAGGAGAUCCAAGCUGCCAAACAAGUGCUGAAAGAAGCCAGGAGCUCCCGUGCUCUCUACCCGUCACUGUGCGAGCUGGCUCAUGUUCUGUCAGUUGACGGACCAGUCCGACAGAGGUUAGACUCUCUAGCUGGAGAACUGGCCAAGGCAGCAGAUAAGGAGCUGCAGGUGAUCGUGGACUCCAUGGUGUCUCUGUGCCGCGAGCUGUGUCCCCUGUCUUCGUCCAGCGCAGAGCGUCUCACGCCACCACUGUCGUCUGUCUCUGACCGCGUGUCCAUCCCUCGCUCGGCCAUCCGCACCGCGCUGAUGGAGAGAGCGGCGCAGGACAUCCACCGGGCCCUAGAUGAGGUGAAGCUGUCCGUCGUGUCUUAUCUCACCAACUCCAUCGUGGAUCAGAUCCUCCAGGAACUCUACGCUACCCACAAGGCCCUUACACAGCAGGUGUCCCAGCUGAAACGCUUGGAUGGGACGUGUGAGGACGGCACGGGUCAAAGGUCACACAGAAACUCUCUGGAGAUCACAGAUGAGGAGCUAGGAACCAGCAUAGACACAAUUGCAAUUAAGAAGCGCAGCUCUAGAACUCGUCGAAUACGCCCCGUAUCCACCAGGCUAAGCCUGUGUGAUGACUCCAGCUCUACCCCACCCACCUCUAUGCCCUCCUUCUCCUCACCCCUAUCCCGUUCCGCAUCCUGGGAGGGUCUGUCGGAGCUGCCUACCCAGGGUGCACCAUUGCUCCACGUCACGCGGGUCCGGCCCAAGCCCCCGCGGCGACACAGGGCCAGCCACCUUCCCCCUGACACUCACUGCAGUGAAAAUGGAGGAGUUAGCCCUCUUGAUUAUGGACUACCAGAUUUCUAUUCUAAAAGAGUACUCCCUGAUAGUCAACUCUCGUUUUUGCACAAAUCCAACUCACUGAGAAGAAAGAAGAGAAGCAACAUGCUGUCCAUCUUUAGCUUCCGUAAAAACCGCAACCAGACCCUGGAUCCUGAGCCUGAAUCAGGAGAAGAGCUUUUCAGCGAAGAGUGUCAUGCUGUUGCCAUAGCACCCACCGGGACGGCCAUGGAGAACGUUUACACGUUGCUGCAGCCCCCCAGGACCCAGUCCAGGGCAGAGUCGCCCGGAGUUUCCACAGACAGGAGAGGGGACGGCCCGCAGUGGGAGAAAUUCCUGGUCCUGAGCCCGCCACCGGUACAGGGCAUACCACAUACAAGCAUGGGGGGCAUCAAACACCCGUUUUAUUCUCCCAAAGAGAAAUCCAUUUUGGACACCGAGCUGCAGCAGCCAGAAUAUGGUAGGCUUUGGGGCGAUGUCAAGCAAUCGGACAGACUCAAGACGACGGAGGGAUCGGGGCAUGCAGAGGGACCGCGGCAGCCGGACGGGAGGCAGGGGGACGGCCACGCUGAGGCAGCCACCGACGGGCCUCUCUGUGGUCAACAGCGGUUGGACGGAGAGAGAGAGAGAACGCGUGCGGAGAGCAAACCGACGGAGAGAGCAUGUUACGACAGCAGGCGCGCCGACAAACAGUGGACACUGGACCGCCACGCCCAGAGGCAGAUCGACCGGAAGCUGGAGAGACAGUGGACGACGGGAAGGCACCUGGACCGCUCGUGGUCGGAGAACAGGUCCACAGACAUCGCGAUCGACUGGAUGUGGACGGAAGGGAGGCAGCCUGGCAGCAGCGGCAGGAAGACUGAGAGGUCUGGCCCGGUGCCACAUCUGCCCCAGAGGCCACUACCUCCGUACACAUCAGACUGGACGCCCUCGACCAAGCAGGAAGGAGAUCCCUUAAGAAACCUGGACUUGGCUGCAUUGGUGGUCGGGGAGCGAACUCUGCUUCACAUGCAGGAAACGCCAUCGGAUAGACGGAGCCAAUCAGAGGGCUGGAGGAGCGGAGGGGGGGACGUGUCAUCCAGCCGCAGUGCUCCCUGUGCGUCUAAGCCAGAUCCUCCCCUGCAGAGUACCAAACGCCACCUGCACAGGCUUAGCUCAGGUGUGGAGGAGGAAGAGGAAGUGGAUCCCGGGAGGAUGGAGAAGAGGGAGGGAGUGAGGGACCUGGAGGGCCCACACCCUCCCAUUCCAGAGAAGCCAAAGACGUCGUCCUAUGUGACGUUCCCUAAGAAUUCAGACAGCGAUAGACACCUACCUCCACCGCCGGUCCCGCCACCUAACACCAGAGCUUUGCAUGGAUUGCCUUACCGAGCUGCCAGUCAAGGUGAUGAAGGAAUACGACCCCAGGCUCCUGUUAAGCCUCGGAGGCACAGGAAGGCGAUGUCAUGUGACACAGGCACUGACAGGGACAGGGAUAAUCUUGAGAAGCCCACCAAUCGCAAACCCCCUGUGAAAAAGCCUAGACUACCCCUGAACAGAAAUAAAUCCCUGGACCUGUCUGCUCGCGACCAUGGCCACCACGCUACAGAAAGCUUCUCCUCAGCACCUGAACAAGGCAACCUGUAGUGAGGAGGGUCCUGAGAGUCGUCAACCCCAUUGCCUGCCUUCCAUAUCAGAGCGAGGAGAUGUCCACCAUGACAACCGCCAAGCAUUUCAUCAGCCAGGGAGUAGGGGUGGGGUUGGAAACGGAAUGCGAGGGCAAGCAAGUGAACAACGUGAACAAGUGUGAAAUCAGACAUCCACAUGCAUAAGGGGGACACAUCCUUUGCUUUUCAUAUGGUUGAACAGUCCCUCUUCUGUCUUUUAUGUUUUGUCAUUCUCUAUCUCUGCGUAGUGUGCUCAUACUGUUUGCUUUA